AUGACUUCACAGCCUAUCAUGUCUCCCAAAGAUAAUAUUAGCAUGGCACCGAUUCCAUCAGCAUCCAAGAUGGGUCGCGAAAAGAUAAGGCAGUUUCUCGAGGCCAAUACUGAUGUCAAUGGUCGAUGCCAAUUGCAUGAUAUUCAUCUGGAUGUGUCUUCUGCCCUCCGAUCCCCUCGCAAGACGCACCUUGACGCCCAUGGAAAAGUACCUGGGAUCGAAGCCUUCAUCUUGAUAAACACUUCGAAGGCUUUCAGCCUAUACAUCAGCCUGCGAACCGUGAAUGGCUUCGAAGAGAUGAUUUAUGGUCGUCGACCGAAGGGUGUGAAGCAUGGGAGCAGCGGCCCCCGUCAGAAUUGGUCGGAGCGCCGGAAGAUUGAGUCCGAAUUUGAAGAGGCUGAACCCGCCGUUGUCAUAGUCGGUGCCAGCCAAGCUGGGCUCGGUCUCGCGGCAAUUCUCUGUUGGCAUGCAUCGUCUUCAUCCACAAUAAUCAGUCGCGCCUGGCAGACCUCAAGACAAUGA